AUGAACGAAUUUGAAAAAAAGGAAAAUGCCGGUUCUACUAAGAAAUGGGCCCUGAAAAUAAGGGAUUCCCAUGACUUCUCCCCUCCUUACAUCCACCCCUUGACCAGAUUCCUAAUAUACUCGUACAUAGUACUACUGACUGGGAAUGUUUCCAUGGGAUGGACCGGGUUCCAGGAGGUGCUCUACAAGGCUGGCUCCUUUGAGGAGCUCUGCGACAUCGCAACAUCUGAGAUCACCACCAUCAGGACACAUCGCGUCAUAGGUGACGGAGCCCUAUUGAAGUUUUUCGGCCACAAGAUGACUUUCUUGUUUGGCCACAUGGUCAACUUCCUCUGCUGGUUUGUUAUGGGUCUGUUUCCCAGGAACGGGCCUCUCCUCAGGAUCAUCAUGGUGAUCAUAGGACUAUCUUCAGAGGCCACUUAUCUACCAGUCACGACAGUAUCACUCUAUUUCCCUGAGGAUAAGUCUCUGAUUCUUUCUAUUUUGGGCUCGAUUAGGACUUUGUCGUUUUUAAUGCCGACCAUCUUGUCGUAUAUUUACCUGUCUCCACGCGUGAAGCGGGAGCACUUUUACCUGGUCGCCAUUACGUUCGGCUUAGUUGCCUACUUCGGAUCCUUCGUCAUCGGCAUGUUCAUUGUGCCCUGGGAUUUCUUUAAAAAACACGGCACUGGUAAGGCUGCCACCGGGAGUAACUCAACUUCCAUCAGCACUAGCAAGACCCAGUCUGAAACCUUCAUUCAAAGGCGUUUAUUAAAAUCGCACACUCUCCUCACCGGGUUAAAAAGGACCCCUGAGGUCUUCAGGAACAUUAUCAAGUCCCAGUCCACUCCUCAAACAGUUCUAUUCAUUAUUGCAGCUUCACUCAACAUUGCGUCUGUGGAAUUCAUGAACAAGGCUCAGAGGGAGUUGUUUACUACGGCUACCGGUGAAACUGUGAUUCCCGUCUUCAAGUACGUCCAGGUGCUUACCUUCUUCCCUGGUCUUUUCGUCGGCUACUUCGCCGACCGAUACGGCACUGCUGAAACCAUGUCCGUGAUGCAGAUCUUCCUUCUUACCUCGUAUCUGAUGCUCACUGUCGGCAAGUACAACUACAUGUUGUUCGGGUGCCUGUUAUACAUAAUCGGCGGCUCCAUGUACCUCUCCGUAGUCUACUUUUACAUCUACGAGACUUUCGCCCCCGAAAAUGUCGGCAUCGCUCUCGGCUUCAUUCUAAUAUUCUGUGGAACUGCCAUAAUGUGUAACAUUCCUUUGUACAACUACGCUCUGAGGGUGCACCAUCCGCGCUCAUUUUCCAAGAUUUCCUGGGUCCUAAGUGGUUAUAUGGCAGUUUCACUUCUGUCGAACGUCGGUGUGAUUCUUGUGAAGCGACACGCCAGGAACAAAAGACUUUAUAACAAGCAAGCCUCUAAUGUACUAUAG